AUGGCUCCCGACACGCUUUCUCUCGAGGGGAAAAUCGCCAUAAUCACCGGAUCUGGGAAAGAAAACGGCAUCGGCGCUGGAAUCGCCCGAGCUCUUGUCCGUAAUGGCGCUCGAGUCGUUAUCAACUACGUCUCUGAUGCUACUGCCCCAAGAGCCGCUGGUGUGGUUGAUAGCAUUCGCGAAAAUGGUGGUGAAGCCAUUGCAGUACGAGCCGACGUGUCCACCCAGGAAGGCGCCAGCAAGAUUGUUACGGAGACAUUGAAAGCAUUCAAAGCGGAUAAGGUUGACAUCCUAGUGAACAACGCGGCUAGCACAGCUGUUGGGCCGAUAAUGCAAGCCACCAAGGAAGAUCUUGAGAGAGUUUUCAACGUUAAUGUCUUUGGGCCUGUGUUCAUGAUGCACGCCGUUGUCCCCGUGAUGCCUCGUGGGGGUCGAAUCAUCAACAUCAGCUCCAUCGCUUCAAAGCUGGGCCUGUCAGUCAUUCCACUGUAUGGUGCUGCUAAAGCGGCUCAGGACCAGUUAGCCUACACAGCUGCUAUGGAGCUGGGACGCACCUACGGCAUAACGAUCAACCAAGUCGCACCAGGCCCUGUCGCGACGGACGGUCUCGGCACAGGUCCUACAGCCGAUGCAAUAGAGGGUGCUCUAGUGCCUUUGACGAGAGCAGAAGCACGUAUGGGAACAACCGAGGAUAUUGCUGACGCGGUGCUCCUGUUGGUAUCAGAACAGAGUAGAUGGAUAACCGGCCAAUACAUCUCCGUAAGUGGAGGUAUAACUGGAGGAUAG